GCAAGCGUAACAUUCGCCUAACGAAGCUUCUCCUUUGGCCUUCCAUAGAAACGAACGAUCGAUUGGACUCUUCGAAUCGUCGAAAUACCAGCGCUUUCAAAUCACUCGCCAAAAUGAACUCACCAUUGAAAGCUGAUUGCGUUCUGCCAUUCGGAUAAUGCACCGUGUCGAGACCGUUUGCCGGCUUGUCAUUAUGGAAAAACUCGUCGUAGAGUCGCAGACGAACAAUAGGGAAUACAAUGAGAGAAAUUGGAACGCAUUGGAGCCGGCAAUAAGAACUCGCGCGUAGAAAAAUGUCUCGGGUGAACGAAAAGGUCAAAAGGAAAGAACGGAAAGAAACUGAUAGUUUUUAGGCAGGUUAGAUUCUACGUACGUCUUGGUUAUCGGAGAUAUACGAUUUCUCGCGAUGGUUGGAUUUCAGGUAGCCUUUCGGGCUAACCUUUUCAAGAUCUCGUUAUUUGCACAAUCAGCGAGUUAGCUGAAAAUACCGGCUACAAGCUGAAAGCCGUAACGCGGAAACAUAGACGCCGAGUAUCAUAAAUAAGAUUCAAAUAUCUCGAGCCUGCGCGCUAAAAGUGCCUCCAUUGAACGCGUUGUCAUCGUAACCCGAUAUACAUGCUAUUUGUUGUCGUGGAAAUUUGCCUCGCUGCGCGACGCAAGUCUCCGUCGCUUCGCCGAUUCCAGUAGAUCCGGUUCGAAGUGAAUCUAAGCGAAACUAUACGAGAGCGGAAAUUCCGCUCGAGCCGGCGAAUCAAACAGAUGACAUUAAAAACUAUUAAAAAGUAAUUAUAUCGAGGCCACGUUCCGAUAAGAUUGUAAGCAAUGUUCUAAAUUUGCCUGAUUAAACGUUCGUUCGUAAACGAGAUCGGGAAGAAAUUUAAGGGAGAAAAGCGGGGAAAGGUUUACCGACCGCGUGCGACGUCGGGUGGUUCGAGGGUGGCGCCGUCGGCCAGCGCCUUCCGCUCUACAGAAACGCAACCCUUCGGACAAACGAGUGGCGGAGAAUCGACGCGGUGGGGUGGUGGAACGAUAAACUCUUUCCGUGAAGGUGUCGGGGUGGAUUGGCGCUGUCAUAUGGAGGCAAAUGAGGCGCCGUGUUAGGCACUGUGGCCUGCACGGACGCCUUGCUGCGUGUAAAACAAGCGUGGAAAAAAAGUGUGGAUUGCAAUUGGUUCGCGCGCUCAAAUAGAUGCUAUUAAUCGGGUGAGUGCGAGGGUAUCGGAUAUCAAGGAAGCGUUAGAGGCACGAGUGCGAGAGUACACGCGUUAACCGCGACCUCAAAUGGGUCAACCCAACCCAGCAACCUAACGUGUACUCGUUUCUUCUUGCGAUUCACUGGUUGGCCUAGUUUCCUCGGGAGCGAGCGAGCGAGCGAGCGAGCGAGCGAAAAGAUACGCGACCUCCGCUUGGUUGGAAAAACGACAUCGAAAGUGUGCACUCCUCUUGAUCCUCUGUGACUCUCUUUGGCCGUUGUGGCCGUGGUCGUCGACGUCGCCAUCGUCGUCGCGAUUCUCUCUCGUCGAAGCUUUCUUGUUUGCGGAACGAGAGCCAUGGGAUUCUCGCCGACCACGGAAAUGCAUUGAUUGACACGCGAACACGGCAGCGAGAAACGGAUUCAGGUGAUAAAGCAGAGGCCAGCGAGUGAUUUGAUUGCAUGUAAUAAAAAUGGCGACCAGUAAACCACCGGAAAUGAAUUACACAUGCGAAAUUUGCGGCCUGGAAGGUUUCAAUGACGAAGAGAUGAGAUCUCAUAUGGUUUUCUACCACCUCCAAGGAGCCGCAAAUUGCCCCUUUUGCGAUUUAGGCGAAAUUUCGCCGACGGAAAUGUUGACCCACGUUAACAGUGCCCAUCUCGAUUAUCUAACACCAAGUACUCCAGAGAAUGACAUGAUGGCAUUUAUCGAUGACGAUUCGUUAGUGGAUGAUAGAAGAGACGACGAAUGUCGCGGUCCAUGUCCUUCUCCAACUAUGUCCCCAAGUCCUCCGCUUCUUCAAAAUGGUUGGAGCAGUUCGUUCAGUCCACGUGUUAAGCAGCAGCAAGAAAUACCAAAAGUGGAACCACAGAUUCCUAGUGCAAAUGUGAAUAAUAAUAAUAACAAUAAUAACAUUGGAAAUGUUAAUAACGUUAUCGAAGGUGCAGCUGGACACGGGUCUCCGCUGCGUUCAGGCCUAAAUUUGCAACUACGUUCCCAUGCUUCGCCAAAACUUCCAGUACAAGAAUGUCCUAUGUGUCCUUACAGUUCUGACAGUCCACUAAGGUUAGAAGAGCAUAUCAACAGACAACAUUUUGAUCUCACGUCGCCGUCCUUUCCACCUGAAUCUCCACCAUCGCGUGAUGGUGUCUUCAACUGCCCACUCUGCGUCACGUCUUUCCCAAAUUCUUCUGAUCUUGAGCUACACGUUAACAUAGAACAUAAAGACAUCUUGAGCCCUGCGAAUGGUGCAGCUUCCCAGUCAGCUCAAGCAACCGUUGGUAGUGAUACACCUGCGUGUCCAGUUUGCUUCAGUACCUCGUUUAAAAGCAACGACGAAUUAACUGCACACAUUGAAGAACAUUUCAGUAAAAAGUGCACUCCAUCUCCUAUAACUCCAGACUUGUCUACCGACAGAAUGUUAGCAAAGGAUAUGGAAAGACUUGAGAAGGAGCUUAGAAAAUUACGCGAACAACGUGAAUUUGAGAUGUUAAGGGCGCAAUAUGGAAUGGACAAUCAAGGGAAUUUUAGAGAACAAAGCGUCACCAAUAUGCAGCGGGCUGUGUAUUCCGGCGAAAUGACGAUUGCUGAUUAUUACGAAAGACAAACCGAGCUCAGAGUAGCUGAAAGCAGCGGCAUCGAUGAUGGCAGUUCUUGUACACGCGGGCUAGUUUCCAAGAUACGGGCUGUCAGUCAAGCAUGUAGUAAUGUAUUAAGCACCUGGAUGUGUUCUACCGUAGACCAUUAUGCAACUACCUAUGGGGACAAAGGAUGGGGAUGUGGUUAUAGAAAUUUGCAGAUGUUAAUUUCGUCACUUUUGCAACAUACAGGGUACAACGAGUUAGUUUAUAAAGCGUGGAAUUCUGGUUUGGGUAGCGGUAGUUCUACCAAGAAUCCACUACGAAGUUCUAUACCGUCGAUCUCUAGACUUCAGAAGAUGAUAGAGUGGGCUUGGGCCCAAGGUUUCGAUACUCAAGGAGCUGAACAGUUGGGAGGAAAAUUGGUGAACACCAGAAAAUGGAUUGGUCCCACCGAAGUAGUCAUACUGUUGUCUAGUUUAAGAAUAAAGUGUCAGCUGGUAGAUUUUUAUACACCAACUAAUUCUGAUGGCGGACACCCUGAAAUGUUUAAUUGGGUUUUACAAUACUUCCAGCGGUGCGAUGAUUUCAAGCCACCUCUUUAUUUGCAGCAUCAAGGUCAUAGUAGAACAAUAAUAGGAGUAGAACAGUUGAGAGAUGGUUCAAUAACAAUGUUAGUACUCGAUCCAAGCCAUAGUCCAGCACAAAUGGCACAAUUUAACAGUACAAGUAGUGCACUUGGUGCGAUGCGUUUGGUACGCAAGUCGAUUGCAGCGAUGAAAGCGAGACAGUAUCAAGUCGUUGCUGUUACCGGUAUCAUGGAAACCGACUUAGAGUAUCACGAAAGCAAAGUAUUACGUUUGAUUCGGUUGCCACAAGAUAGGUGAGAUUUACUGGCCUGGAAAGGAAUUAAAUCUUUUGGGAAGACGAUAGACUGCCUCAAACCAAUUUUCUCCAGCAUCCUUAAAGUUACAUGACCGCAAUGUUCUAGGUUUUAUCAUUAGGAGGUUUGCUCCACCGUAGUAGUUGCAGAAGUAUUAUUUAACGAUAUAUUCCUGCAUAUUUUCGCCGUCAUUCGUUGGCUCCUCAAAUCACGUGUAUCUAAUAAGCCUGCGUCGUGGUUCAGAAUUUUUGCAGUUAAAAUUGACCGACGAACCUAUAAAAGUUGUACUUUCUAAGAAAAAAAAAAAAAAAAAGAAAAAGAAAAAAAGGGGAGGGGUGUCUAUAUGUUACGCGUACCGAUCAUUUUUUAAUUCAGACUCAGCCUUGAAAAUAUUGUAUUAGGGGAUGUGUGCUUGGAAAGGAAAGUUACAGUCACGAUGAAUUUGAAGGACAGAAUCAAUUCGGUCGUCAUUCCUUGGUCAUAAUGCUCUGCUCAAUUUUCGUCGCACCGAACAGGCUGUGCUAACUUUUAGUCGACCAAUCGUCCUAUGCCGAUCGGUGGCAUCAGCGGAAAAAGCCAUGGCAGAUCUUGGAGAACGAGACUCUUUCGUAGCUGUGAUGCUGUUAUCGAUUUAAUGCUAAUCACCGAUUCUAAAUAUUUUUGAAGACACUCCACGUGAUCAGAACGUUAAAGAAAGCAUUGCCCGUGUUUUAACUUCUCUUUCACUUGUACUUUACAUUUCUAUGAACGUUGUUGUCAAAAUGUUGUCAAUUUUUAGUCAAUAAAAGUAUCAAUAUAACAACAUAUUGCAAUACGCGUGGCGAUAACAAAUUUUAUAUACCGUCAAAGAUUAUUAUUCUCUAAUCAACUUUUAUUCUCAUUGCUUCAUUUUUUUGGAGUGUCUACAAGAAUAGACGACAUAUUUCCAUAUAUUAUAUAUACAUUUAUCUAUAUACAUAUACACAUUCUUGCACACACUCUUCGUUGUAUUACACUUCUUUCACUCAUACAUAAAGUACAACUACUUUCAUACUACUUUCGGAUAUUCUAUUUAAUUAUUGGAUUACAUUAAGGCUACUCAUACGUUAAUUUAUAAGUUAAGAACAACGUUGCGAGAGAAGAUCAGAGAGCAAGACAGUCCAUUAAUUUGUUAUUUAUAUUACACGAUUAAACGAGUUACAUUGUUUCCAUUAUUAUAUUUAUAAUCGUCUGCGUUAUUACUGUUAUUAUCAUUACACUUAUUGUAUAUUAUAAAUUGUAUUGAUACGCAUAUGAUCAUUGAUACAUAUUUGUUAUUUUCAAGAAAUUUGGAAACUAUCAAAAAAUUCGAUGUUUGUUACUGUGAAAGGUAUUAUAAGAAGAAAAUGUAUUAUUAUUUUAUAGCUUUGAUAAUUUAUAAAAUGCACUAAUUGAGUGAACAUUUGUCUUUCUACUCACUAGAACCAGAUGCAAUAAUUAUGACUGACAGCAAAGAUAUGGUUAUUACUUGCAUUAUAUUUUUUCAUACGCUCAUUAAGAAUAUGUUCAAUAUUUUGGAAUGUUCAGGCAAAGCAAGCUAUGGAAUUGUUAAGCAAGUGUAAAAAGAACUUUAAAUUACUCACAUGUCAAAUUAAAAUAUAUGCUUUGUUAGAAUUCCCAA